AUGAGUCACCGUCGCUUCCGCCGACACACGCCUUUACCCUCCAUAUUCAUGGAUACCCGGACACGUUCUGCAUCCCCCAACACCGCCGCCGAUGACCACGCCAAACAUGCAACGCCACCCCCCGUCCAGGACAAGAUAUCCGCAUACUAUUCCCUUGUCUUUCCCCACUUCACCUUCUAUAUUCAAACUCUUUCAAUCACCAUCGGUCGCAGAUGUGCACCAAACGCAGCGACGUCGUCGACCUCGGAGCACUCACAGGUAGACGUGGACCUGGGUGCUUUGAAGAGUGUAUCGCGGCUACACGCCAAGAUAGAGUAUGAUCAGGACGAGGACCGCUUUGUCCUAGUCGUUAUCGGCCGCAACGGAGCCUGGGUAGACGGCGUUUGGUCUGGCUCUGGGACACGUACCGCUCUGAGUGAAAGGUCACAGAUUCAAAUAGCCUCAAGGACCUUCCACUUUGUUCUACCGCCUCCUCCUCCUCCUGAAGAUACCCCCUCUCCGAGCUCGCAGUCCUCUGCUAACCGACAGCGGUCGCCAUCCGUCGAUAUAACUUCCAUUUCCCCGCCAUCCUCCCAGCCAUCUCAUUCACCACCUCCACCCGAGGUCAAGCGUCCACCCCCAUCGCUGGAGCCACAGGCCCCGCCCAAGCCAAAACCAAAACCAAAGGCUCAACCCCAACCCCCACCUCAACCCCUACCCGAACUCCCGAAUUCAAAUUCUAUCGGAAAGUCGACGAAGGUCAAUGCCAAGAAGCGGAAGAAGGGUGAUGUUGACCCGCCGCCCAUUCUUGAACGGCCCAAGCCAGAAGAUAUACCCCCAAAACCACCGUUCACGUACGCACAGCUAAUAUACCGUGCCAUCAAGGAUAUUGGGGGUAAGGCAACUCUUCAAGAGAUAUGUAACUGGAUCAUGAACACGCACGAAUACUACCGGUAUGCUGAUGGGUCUUGGAUGAGUUCCGUUCGUCACAAUCUUUCUUCUGGUCGCGCAUUUCUCAAAGGAGAUCGAUGCGGUGGCGACAGGGGGAAGGGUUUCUUCUGGUCUGUUGACGAAAGGUAUUCUCAGACUCUGGAGGAGCAAGAAUUGAAGGUGCAGCAAGCCGCAGCCGCCGCCUCUCAGGGUGCGACGUCAGGGGGUGCAGUUGCAACCACCAAGAUCCGGAAGAAAGAUAAAGGCGCAUUGCUAGAACCAGCUCUCAAGCGUAGUGUCAAAGGCGAUAUGAAGGGUGCUCCCCUACCUCCUCCUUUGACGUCGUCGCCGUUGACUUUCAAGACGAUAGUUCACCCUACACCAGCACCGUCCGCCGCCAUCACGGCGGCUGGUUCAGCAAGUGCAAGUGCUUCUGGUGGUGUUAUCGGAAGUACCCCAGCUACAACUGGGGUGUUCGCUUAUCCCUCACAUCCGCAACGAAGAGUAAACCUCAACCAGCAAGCGUCUACAACAACAUCUAUUUACUCGGGAAUGCCGCUGACCGGUCCGAAUCCUUACGCUGCUCUUGCCCAGCCUGAUUGGGCAACACAUCCCAACGUCGGUGGUAAAGCACACUCCGCCUCUACGCCCGCGACAGGCCCUAGCAGCUCUGCGCAACCUCCUGUUUCCCAACCUCCGUUGGCCGUUCAAACUACUGUUCCAGAUGUUAUCAUUCCCAUCGUUCUUGGCCCUAUACCCCCAACACAUCCGGAUUAUGCCCCUGGCCACCCAAACAACUCUGCAAAGGAGGGUUACAUGGUCUUGCAUGAGCGAAAGCUUAUCCUAGACCCAGAUGUGUUCGCUGAGCUGACCAAGGAGAUGCUGGAACAGUUGGAGAAGAUGGGUGCUCCGACGGCGCUGAGUAUCUUGAUGGGGCAUAUGAUCAGGGCACUCAAAGAGAGACGAGCGAGAGAACGCGGGAAGGAGCGUGCACGACGACCGAAGGGUGCUGGGCGUGGAGGGGCGAGAAAGGCGGCGGCUGUCACGACAGCACCAUUCACGAAUGUGCCAUUGGAUCAGAAGCGGAAGUUAGCUAAUGCCAACGCUGCUGAAGCUUCAAGUAGUGGGAUGACGCCUGGUGGAAACGUGGACAUAAAUUCGCCAACGAUAGCGACUCGAGGAGCGUCGACACCAGCCAAUCCUCCCCCGGACGCUGCACCACCACCGCCUCCUUCAGCUGAUCCAGGGUCUCCUCUCAUCGUCGUCGAUGACGAUUCUGGCGACGAGGGCCCAGCAGCGAAGAAGAGGAAGGUUGACACCAGACUCGCUGUGCCCUGUUUUUGA